AUGACAUACUCCUCAGCAAUGACGACCGUAGUCAGAAACCCACAGCUCCGUCUACUCAAUGCUUUACGAACAAAUUCAAAGCCUAUAAUGACCUUUCUAGGCUUGCCAUCCUUUCGGGCAGCGCAAAUUGUUGCGCAGACUGGCGUUGAUGGUAUAAUAAUAGAUUGUGAGCACGGUCAUAUUAGCGAUGAUUCCAUGCAUAGUGCAACUGCUGCCAUCGCUGCUUUGGGGGUGUCGCCGCUUGUUCGUCUCAGAAUGACGCAUCAUGAUUUGAUUAAAAGAGCGUUAGAUGCUGGUGCACAGCAAGUUUUCCCUCGUGGUAUUGUCGUACCGCAAAUAAACACUGCUGAAGAAGCCCGGACUGUUGUCUCGCAUGCCAAAUUCCCUCCACAAGGAGUCCGGGGACAGGGAUCGGCUUUUCCAGCUAUCGCACAUGGCAUCGAUUUAGCAACUUAUAUCAAGACGGCCAAUGAGACGCUUAUUACCUGCUUGCAAAUUGAGUCGAAAGCCGGAGUUGAGAAUGUCGACUCCAUCUGUGCCGUGCCUGGUGUCGAUAUGAUAUUUAUUGGUCCCAACGACCUUGCAUUAUCAAUCCUUGGAUAUGUGCCAGCUAGAGGAGACGAACCCGAAUUUGUUGAGGCUAUUGAAAAGAUUGUUGCUGCGGCUAAGAAGCACGGCAAAUGGGUUUCUAGGUUAUCAAAUACCGGGGCAUUGUGCAAGGAGCAUUUGAAGGUGUUUGAUAGUGUGGCGUUGAGUUAUGAUGUUCGUGCGAUUCAGAAUUGGUAUACGGCGGAGUUGCAGGCUGCACGGUCGUGA